AUGGAUUCGGCUUGUGGCGGAAAACGCAAGGCCGAGAUGAUUUCCCCGACGGAGGAAGAAGAAAGCGGGAAAGAGGAGAGGAACAGUGAAAGCGAGGACCAGGCUUGGGGUUUCGAUAGCUUCGAUGGCUCAGACUACGAGUCCCCUGAGGAGCCUCCCGAGGAUGAAAGGGAACUUGCGUUUCGUCGAUACACACGCCAUUAUCACGAGAGCCAGGGCUUUAAUGUGGAUGAAGAUAUGAUUCCUAAAUCUCUUUGGUAUGGAUUACGCUGUGUCGAUCUGGAUGCCCACUACUUCGAGCCUAACCUCACGGGGCGUGACUACAUGGAGAUUAUGGCCAAUGUGAUUGACAAAUACAACCAAGUGGAGAAAAAGACUGUUACGCUGGAUCAUAUCGUGAGGGUCGUGGACAAUGCAGCCAUUGGAAUUAAAGCCUAUAUUACUUUCAUGGCUAGGGAGUCUCCUGAUGGGGAGCUUGUAGAGUAUCAAGCUAAGGCUGAGCGUAAGAGAUGGCAACGAAAUAUUCAUCCCAUCUUUUGCAGACCAUCUCGUAAAUGGUACGUUAUUUAUGCUGGUAUUACUUGCUCUUGCUUGCUUUCUCUUUAGUUUGUUUUCUUCCGAUCUCUUUUAAGUAUAUUUAUGCCCCGAGAUAGUGUGAUGAUUU